AUGCUGAAACUUCCAAUCAAUUCCACCUUAGGACUGAAAGGGAGCGAGCCCAACUCUGAUGUGUUGUCAGCUUUGAUAGCAAAAACUGAAGAACACACUCAAAUUAUCGCACGACUGGAGCUCGCCAUCAGGCACGAAUGGCAGGAAAAAGAAAUCUUGAGGAAUGAGCUCAAGAGAUUUCGUUUUCUCGAAAGAGAAAACGAAAACCUGAGGCACGACUACGAAAAAAUCAAGUCUCACCUCGAGGAAAUUCUGCUCGAGAGAGACGAGAAAAUGAGGCUUCAGCUGGAUACUAUAGAAGAACGAUUCCAAUAUCUGGAGGCUAUCACCCUGCAAAUCACGCCCCGAACUUGCCAAACUCUGUCAAACUUGGGAGUGAAGCGGACAGGAAGGUACUUCAUAGACCCAGACGGGGCUCUUCUUGGCGAUCCACCGAUCAAAGUGCUCUGUGACAUGGAUACAGUAUCUACCGUUGUUCUUCAUGAUUCGAUGAAGAAUGACAGCGAGAUAAGCAAUUGUGCUGCUCCUGGCUGCUCCGCUCGAAGAGUUUCUUACGAUGCAUCCUUGAAGCAGAUGAUGGCAUUGAUGAAUCAGUCGCAUUCUUGCCACCAAGGAAUUAAAUACGACUGCAGUUCGGCAGCCCUUAGUACUGGAGACGUACACUACGCCUGGUGGAUGGACCGCCACGGCCAGCCUCAGUAUUACUGGCAUGGGUCAAAUGCGACAAAGCACACGUGCAAGUGCGGGCUCUCCGGGGACUGCGUCGACCUCAACUUGCCUUGUAACUGCGAUUCGGAAGCCCCGCAAUGGGAAUCCGACUCGGGAGAGAUUACGAACAAAACAGCCUUGCCCAUCGCCGAGCUUCGAUUCGGAGGGCUGCAGUUCGCGGGCCAGAAGGCGAAAUACACACUGGGCGGAUUGGUUUGCACGGGUGAGGCUCCUCAGAAGGAGAAUCCAGCAACAUCGUGCUCGUCCCUGCGCCAGGCCGGAAAUGCGCGCACGGGUUACCAUUUGAUUAGCAGGAAAAAUGGACGGUUGGAUGUUGUUCUUUGCCGGAUGGAUUUGGAGGAAACCGAUCUAAGGUCGUUGCGUUGCGUGUUCUCGAGUCCGGUGGGCCGAUUGCCUCAAGAUCCAAGUGGUCGAUGGGCCAAGGUCGACCGAUAA